GCCAUCGUCCGGUGCGGACGGCCAUUUUCGGGGUUGCGUUUUGUGGAAGGAAGUUUUCAGUGUCGUUUUGCCCAACGAAGGGUUGCGCGUAAUCCAACCGCUCUACGGGCCAGCUAGGUGGUACGCAGCCGGGAAGCAGAACGCAGCCAUAAUUGGUACCGUAAACUCAUCCCGUGCCGAUAACGUGCUUGUGUGAUCUCAAAACGUUCAAGUGUUACCGAUGCACCCGAUAUAAAGUGACGAUCGCUUCGACUAAUUGAUAGCGGAUUGCUAACGGACGAUCGAUUAGGGAGAAAAAAACGAUCAACAAGUGCAUGUGCAUGUGACGUGAAAAGUAGCCCAAAAUGUCGACAAAACUCAGCAACGCCAACAGCGGUGGUGUGAAUCCUGCCACCAACGCAUCCCAGCUGACCACCAGCAACAACAACAACAACGAUUCACCCGACGUACAAGUGACCGUUAAGGAUCUUCCGAUCUCGUUCAAGGUUAAAUACCUUGGAAGCCAACCCGCCACCGGAUUAUGGGGUAUCAAACACACAAGACUACCGGUCGAUCAUUUAGUUAGUGUGGCAAAAAAUCUUCCACCAAAUCGCAUCCUGCCUUUCUGCAACCUUACCGUGUCGCUGGAUGGCGUAAAGAUUGAAUCGAUCACGUCCAAGCUGACGUCGGUGUCGAACUUUACGAUCGACACGAUUUCGUACGGUGUGCAGGAUCUCGUGUACACGCGAGUAUUCGCGAUGAUCGUCGUGAAGGAAAACUACAACCUGAAGGAGAAGAAUCCGUUUGACGUGCACGCGUUUGUGUGCGAUAGCCGAGCGAUGGCACGAAAGCUGACCUUUGCCCUGGCCGCCUCCUUCCAGGACUACUCCAAACGAGUGAAGGAAGCGGAAGAAACGAACGGUGGCAGUGGUUGCGAUUCGGAAAAGUCGCUCCGCAAAAAGUUUGCCAUCGAUCUGCGAACACCGGAGGAGAUGCAGCAGGACAUCACGGAGCAGGAAACGGAAGCGUGAUCAAGGCGCGUGGGAAUGCUAACCAAACGGCGGCCGCUUCAACACCACAACCAACAGAACAUUCGCACGGGACCAACCUGAGUGCAAAUCCUAGUCCAUAUAUGCUAAUGAACCAACCUUCCGGAGGGCUUAUGGUUUUAGUUUGAGCCUCCAGCAUGCGUUCCUAGCACCGAGCCGAGUGUUGGCGGCGGGAACGGACACGUAUUACUUACACGUAUCGUACCAAAUGUUUUUUUUUUCGUCUGCGUAUUUUUUUUUUCGUUUGAGCUUGCAAGAUUUUAUGCUACCUGUAUAAUUUUUAAACGACCAACCACAACGAGCUUCCUAACGGUUUGAUAGAUGUAAGCUUCGGGCUUCGUUUGAUGGUUGGUGCUGUUUUCCACGAUUCCGAAGCAUCGAGAGGCACAGUUGAAUAGGUUAAUAAGUAUAGGCAUGUGGAAGCGCAUGCAUUUCAACAACGCUCGGCAGCUAGAGCGAAGAAUGAUUUUAUUCCAAUAAAACUUUGU